CAAAUAAUGAAUUUUUAUCAAUUUGCCGCAUAAAAUAAACUUAUUUCCUAAACGCUUAGUACCUAGGUACCUAAUAAAAUAUUAAGUUGGUAAGAUACAUUUUAGGAAUUUAACAUUACGCGUAAAUAAGCUUAUAGAUGUAGGUAGGUACUCAGCAAACUUUAUUGGGGCUUAUUUUAAAAAAGUAAUUAGCCUCAACUAAAAAUGAGCUACAAAUGUGUAAAUUGUGGUGUAGCUGCGACGGCUUUAUAUAAAACUUAUGGACCUUCAGUUUUGAAACUUACAAAGUGUGAAACAUGUAAAGGCACUGUAGAUAAAUACAUAGAAUAUGAUCCAGUCAUAAUCACAAUUGAUUUAAUAUUAAUUUCCAAGGAGGCUCAAAGGCAUAUAAUUUACAACACAGAAUUCAAGUCAUUCUGGAAGCUUCUCAUUAUCCUGGCACUGCUGGAAACGUAUGGUGUGUGGCACAAUGACAGCCUCUUUAGUAUUGCUGUGAAUAAUCUGUGCGACAUACAGAACAACAGCACAGUGAAUACUACAUACUUGUCUAUCCCGCCAACCUAUUUGCCAGAGCCGUGGAGUGAAUGUGUAAGUUGGAGACAGGGAGAUAAAGAGGAUGCAGAUGUGUUCAUAUGGGAGAAAGACUUCUAUGUGCAGUUCCUUGCUACUGCUGCUGGUAACCUGGUGUUUCUGUUAAAUAUUUAUGCUGUUAUGACUUUAAUGCGGAAAUUAGGUUCACAAAAAGUAGUGUGUUCAUCGCAAGUGGUGCGCGGCGCGACACUGGCGGCAGCACACGGGGCGCUCGCGCUUCCGCAGUUAGUGUGGGGUACUAACGCGUCGCCACAUACACGACUACUACAUUACACGCUCGUGUGGCUGUACGGUGUGGGCGUAUAUAGCAACAUGCUGACAGUGCUGUACGAAGGGCCCAGGCUGGUUACUAUUCCACUGCUUGUCAUUAGUAACUUGCUGAAGUUUGUCACCAUAUUCCACAUGUCACCAAUCAUAAGAAGAGUGUUGACCUAGCAUCAGAACAUGGAAGGGGAGGCUUCGUUAAGUCAAAAGCCUAGUCAAUAUUUCAUAGCUAUGACAUCUAACUGUAACACAUGUUUUAAAUUAUAAGAAGUUUAAAAUGAACUAUAGUUAAACAUUCCAAAAAUAAAACAAGUUCAAAGCAUAGAGUAUCACAGAGUAUUUAUUCACCAAAUAUAUUAUUUGCUUACAAUA